AACGGGGAGACGCAGGAAUAUGCUUUUCAUAAUGUUCCAAAAAUAAAUCCUAAAAUCAUAUUCUGUAUUCUUCGUAUGUCUGCGCUUAGGCCUAAAGCUUUCACAAUACUGUACGUGAUGUCUCCCAAAAGCAUGGGAGAAAAUGUUGUAUAAUGAUGUUUUCGGACCUUGUAACUUCAGAGUUAAAUACUUUAUGAAAGUUUACCGAACCUCGCAGACCUCGUCACUCCAGAAAAUUCUAGCAAGCGCUGGUUGUGUCCUACAUGUGACAACAAUCUCCUCUGUUCUUGAUAUGUUUGGCCAACUUUUUAGCAUUGCUGGAACAGUUAUGAAACUUUUAUGAUGGCAGCCUCUGAUACAGUGGUACUUUGGUUUACAAGUGACCCAACGUACGAGAUGUUUGAAAUCUGAACCGUUGCUCGGCCGAUGUUUUGUCUCGAGUUGCGAUCUGAGAUUUGAGUUACUAUCUCUAAAUGGUGGCAGCAGAUAAUGAGCAAUUCUCUGCAUGUCAAGUUUGAACAUUAAACAAGGAGAAUGACACAUUUUGUAUUUGACCAAAACCAGGUCACUUACGAAGUCCGCUAGCUUAGUGCUAACACACAAUGCAGACUGCCAUAGACUGGCUAAUAAAACUAGCAUUGUUGUUGCAGUAGUUAUAACCCUUAAAGCAACAGAUAUUUGACCACAAACGGUGCAGCAACACAUGCAGACAGACCAUAUAACAAUACUCACAGGCAUAUAUCCUUUAUCCUCGGCAAAAAAACAACUAAUACUACUGUAGCUUCGUCACUCAGUUGUGAAAUGCUUCUUUGUGUAUUAUACUGCCCCUUGGUGGCCAAAGAAUGCACGCUAGAAGGAGCACAUGGUCAAUGCUAUUGAAGCAUGAAAUCAUAAUGCACAAAUUGUUUAAUUCCUUAAUUAAAUUAAAUGUUAUUACUGUAUUUUUUCUUGAUUAUGAAGCACAACACUUUAGGGUACUUUUUAUCCUUGCCGUUUUAUUUUGUGGGACUGGAACGGAUUAAUGCAAUUUCCAUUCAUUUCAAUGGGGAAAGACGAUUUGAGAGACAAGCAUAGUCUACUUUUUUUUUUUUUUUUUCCCUUCAAAAUGUUGCCCUCUGGUAGAUCACCUCUCCCUGCCCCCCUCCCCAACGACGACAUCCUCCGGUCUUCCUAAUGAUGUGAUGGACGAGGCUCACUCCAUCAUCCCAUCAUCCCCACCCACACCCCAUAAAUUACCCACACGAAUUAACAGGCCGUAUUAAUACCGCGCGACGUGUUAGGGCUCUCAUUUAAAAUUAAUAAGUGGUAAUUAUGGAGGGAGGAAGUCUGUUUGGGGGAGGCUGCUAAGGGAGAACGAAAGAAUGACGGAGUGUGUGCGAGGCUCCCGGGAGGACUCCCUGUGCCACUUUUCACACUUUCCAGACAAAAGAGAACUUUAAGCUCGUCUUAACAAGGGCUUGGCUUUUUUCAUUUGUGCUUGUGUGUCGUGCGUGAUGCCUACGCAAAAGCGUACGCAUGCGUGGCGUCGGAAGCCUGACUUUCCUUGCUAUGCCUUUGUAAUGCGUCGCCAAAGGGUGAGUAUUUUUAUAGACUGCGUUUAACUUAUUAUUACACUUAUGGCCAUUAAAGUUGCAAAGCGCAAUUCGUGGCGUCAGAAGCCUGCCUUUCCUCGCUAUGCCUUCGCAAUGAGUCAUCAAAGGAUGAGAAGUUUUACUUCAAUUUAGUUUUAUUGUAGAGUGGUUAACUUUUAAAAUUUGUAUGACAGUUACAACAUUUUUUAAAAAGGGUAACACUUGAAGUCGAAAUCCUCCUUUUCCUCGCUAUGCCUCCGUGUAAUGAAUAGUAAGUCUUAUUCUUUUUUAAUUUACCAUGUAGUGGUUAACUUCCUUUUAAAUUUGUAUGACAGUUGACAAUGCUAAAAAAUGUAUGAUGUAUUAAAUGGAAAGCUUGCCUUUCCUCGCUAUGCCUCCGCAAUGAUUCAUGGGUUAGUAGUUUUAUUUUAGUUUUGCUAGUUGCUUUCGUUUUACACUUAAAUGACAGUUCGGAAUUCUCCAAAAAAAGUGCAAUGUGAGAAAUCAAAAGCCUCCCUUUCCUGGGUACACCUCCAUAAUGCAUCAUCAAAGGGUGAGUAGUUUUACUAUAUUCUAGCUUUAUAGUUUUAUUAUAAAGGGAUUAACAUCAUUUUCACACUUGUAUGACAGACACAAAGCGGGAUGCAUGAAGUCAAAAGCUUUCCUUGCUACGCCUCCGUAAGGCAUCAUGAAUGGCAGGGCUCCACUCCUGGGCGUCUCACACCUUCUGGCCUUGAAUCGGCCACUCGAGUGGGGGCGAGGAAGCGUGCAGACGAGGCGCCGACACCCUCUCAGACGCGCCGCAACAUCCAAGCUGUGCUUUAAUUGUGAGAAACUAAAUUGCGCUGCGAUUGGUUGCAUCCCACCAGUUAGCGAUGCGACUCCAGGUAUCCUCCUGCGAUGCCCCUGAACGUCUCGUGUUGGUCCUUGGAGAUUGUGCCUUUGUGAACAGCAAGAAGAAGAGUUUCAAAAGUGAUUCUGGUGGAAUGUCAAACUUGACACAGGCUCCAUUGAAAGGCUUCCUUGUUUGUCUGACGCGCUGAAAGGCGGCCAUCCUUCACCGUGGCAACCCUGUCAAGAUGCUUUUGUGAACAGCGCCACUUCUACGCGCUGCAGCCCACGCAGGAGGAGCGAGGCGGCGAGGUUGUGCGCGGAGGAUCCGAGCCGCGGUUCCGCGUGCGGGAGGCCUGCAGAGAAGCUUUGCGGGCCGCAGACAUGAUGGUCCAGUGUGCCGGCUGCGAGCGGCCCAUCCUGGACCGGUUCCUGCUCAACGUGCUGGACCGGGCCUGGCACGCCAAGUGCGUGCAGUGCUGCGAGUGCGGCUGCAAGCUGGCCGACAAGUGCUUCUCGCGGGACGGCAAGCUCUACUGCAAGGUGGACUUCUUCCGGCGGUUCGGUACCAAGUGCGCCGGGUGCCUGCAGGGCAUCUCGCCCAGCGACCUGGUGCGCAAGGCGCGCAGCAAGGUGUUCCACCUCAACUGCUUCACGUGCAUGGUGUGCCACAAGCAGCUGUCCACCGGCGAGGAGCUCUACGUCAUCGACGAGAACAAGUUCGUGUGCAAGGACGACUACCUGAGCUCGGCCACCAUCAAGGAGGUCAGCCUCAACUCAGUGUCGUCGUGCACGGACCGGAGCCUGUCGCCGGACCUGCAGGACGGCGCGCUGCACGACGAGCUGAAGGAGGCCGACAACUGCACGUCCUCGGACAAGGAGACCAACAACAUCGAGAACGAGGAGCAGAACUCGGGCACCAAGCGGCGGGGUCCGCGCACCACCAUCAAGGCCAAGCAGCUGGAGACCCUCAAGGCCGCCUUCGUCGCCACGCCCAAGCCCACGCGACACAUCCGGGAGCAGCUGGCGCAGGAGACCGGACUCAACAUGCGCGUCAUCCAGGUUUGGUUCCAGAACCGAAGAUCCAAAGAGCGACGGAUGAAGCAGCUGAGCGCUUUGGGGGCCCGCAGGCACGCCUUCUUCCGGGGCCCGAGGAGGAUGAGGACCCUGGGGGGCCGCCUGGAGGACCCGGACAUCUUGGGGCCCGCGGCCUACGGCUACUACGGAGAGUACCAAGGGGACUACUACGGACCAGGAGCCAACUACGACUUCUUCCCGCACGGCCCCCCGUCCUCGCAGGCCCAGUCCCCCGCCGAGUCCCCCUACAUCUUGGGCUCGGGGCCCGGGGCCAUGGAAGGCUCGGGCCACCUCCCCUCGGACGACCAAAGGUUCACGGACAUGAUCUCCCACGCCGAGACGCCCAGUCCGGAGCCGGGCUCCCUGCAGCCCGUGCCCGGAGAGGCGUACGGGGGCGGGCCCAGUCCUCCGUUCUCACUGGCCAGUAACUCCAGCUACAGCGCCCCCAUGUCCCACCAAGGCCCCGAGAUGGGCGAGGCGGCGGCCUGGUGAACCCGCGAGGGACCCUUGACGGGCCGGGAGUUACUUUUUACCAAUAACGGACCGCUUUUCACUGCUGGACCUGAUUCUUAGAAGUGUAGACACGCCUCACGAGCUUUCUUGGAAUACUGGACUUGAAUUAUUUAAAACAAAGACUUUGAUUGAUUCCAUCCUGCGUCCACGUUACCCCAAAAUCACAGUAGACACGACAACGCCAAAGGGACUUUUUUUCUUUUCUUGACGUUCAUUUCUUGCAUUUUAAAGCCAAACGUCACCUUUUGUAGCCGCGUUCACGGUGCUUACCCGCUAAAUUGCCGCAUCAGAGGUCUACCGGCAGAGCCUGGAGAGCGCGGCCGCUGCGGUGUCACCCAUUGAGAUAAUUAGAUGUGACCGUUGCUUUCGUCGGUUGUCGCUUACUCGUUCCGCCUCUUACACGUCCUCGGACGAUGGCAAAUUCGCGGGUCGACGUCCCACCCCGCCCCCGUCCCUGCGUCGGUACCUUUAAUGAGCCAAGGCGCGUAUUUUACAUUUGAAAAAUCUCACAGCAGCACACCGUCAUAUAAAAUGUCACAAAAAGCAUAGAUACAGUAAACCCCUGCUAUUCCUAUUAUAUUAUGAUUGGGAUCGAGCCCUGCUGGGAAUAGCAAGAAAAAGAAAAACAAACAAAAAAACAUGUAAUUAAUGCGAUCCCCCAAUAUUGGACAGUUCCAUUUUCAUCGUGCGCCACAUCGUAGUUGUGGUUUCCCUCAGAGGGCCGUUAUGACUGAAAAGGUUUAAUCCCGUCAUGUCGUUAGCCUAAAUCAUAUUUGAAUGUUUUGGGAAAACAAGAAAGUCAACAACAGCAAAUUCAACAAACACGAAGAAUCCACUUGCCUCAAUUCAGCCUUUUGCGGAUUAUUAUGACCUGGAUGACUGACAAUCUGCACACCAAUCACAUUUUUUCAUUGAUCUCUUGACAGUAAGUCAAAAAUGACUUUGGCAAUUACGCUCCUCGACUAACGAUAUUAUUAUGUACACAGUACACCGUUGUAAACCAAAUAACUCACAAGUUGUGGAAAAUAGUUAGGGUUAACUAUUAAGUUAGGGUUGAGGUUACUAAACCUACCCCAUGUUCUGCCACAAUAAAAUAAAAAUAAAAAUCACUUUAGCAAGAAACAUGAAGUACACGCACUUUAUUUGCUAUAGUGCGCUACAAAAAAAAAUAACGUGGCGGGCAGGAUCUGGUCCCCAGGCCUUGAGUUUGACACCAGUGGUUUAAACACUAAAUACACAACAAACUUGGAUCCAAAAACACUUUAAAUGUCAUUUCAAACUCAUCUUCCAUUAUUACCGUUAAAAAUAAAUUUGAUUAUUUGUUUUUUAAAUACACUCCGUAACUUCCACUUACAACCCAGGCUAAAAUGAGCUCCUCCCCGACAUACAAAAAAAAAAAAAAAAAAAACAGUUCAUGUAAUACUUUUCUAUUUCGGCUAUAGGUUCCACAGGGAAAACAAAACUCAAUUUGUGAAGCGGGGGAUUACUGUACUUAAAUAAUGACGGAUACACAAGUGACUUGUACCGUCUAUCAUUGAGUAUUCCGCCUGUCACCAUAUGUCGCAAAGAUACUUCAUUAUUUGUACGAAAUAAGUAAGAAUUUUCAGAACAAUAUAUGGCUGCCUUGCACGCACAACGAGUUGGUGAGAAAAAACAAAACAUGGACGGCCGGUAAUUCAAAUCGAAAAGGCAGACAUGCGCCUCCCCCUUUCCACCUUGGCGCCACAACAUGAUGAUCAUAUGUUAAAACAAGGCGGUCUACACCUUUAUUCCCACACACACACGCACGCACAGGCGGCCCUGAUUGUUGCGCCCGUGCGCGCGCCUCCGCCCGACCUUCCCUUUGUUCAGGCCCCUUUUUCACAAGACAUGUUUUAAUGGAAAUGAUUUUCAAAAGCACACUGAAGCCAUAAUAGAGAAUCUCCUUCAACAGCUGAGGUCUCCUGCCUCUUAAAGGGAGCAAACAAAGGAGGGGCCACGCAACAUCUGUGGCGGGCCGCAUACAACCCCCCCCCCCCCCCCCCCCCACCAACACCACCACUACCACCACUACCACCCCCCACUCCCAUGCCCCACCCCUCGGUACCUCCUCACCAGUCCCCACCACCGCCGCAGCGCUCGGGCCUCCGUUGCCACCUAGCGGGCGGGCGUCCUUUUUCAGCCUCUGAGCCAAAGUGAGCAUUUAUGGGUUCAUUCCUCCUGACGUCAUUUCUUCUCGUUUCUUUGCUGGUGGACUCCAAUCUUCUUGGAUGUAAAAUGUGAGUGGGUGAAUGUGUGUGUGUGUGUGUGUGUGUUUGCGCGCGCGUGUGGAUGUGUGCACGUUUGAAGGGUUGUAUCAUUUCAAUGUAAAUAGUACCGGUAAUAAAAACUGUCUCUUACAACUUGAA